AAAAUAAUUCGACAUUUAUACACGCUCCCUCUACUGGUUGAACAGUCCCGUCAUACAUCGCGUGGCCAACGGCUCUCCCAACCGAAAGCUCGUUCAAUGAAUUGCCGUCCUCAAUUUACACUGGUAGAUUUCCUGAAAUCUUUUGAAGAAAGCCCGGCCAGGAAAGAACUGUGAAACACUCCUAUGCCGCGGGCACCACUGUCCUUCAGUGUAGUUGACUAGGUUGGCGGAGCGUGCGUUCCUGGGCUCGCUUCUGAGGUUUUGGUCGGGGAGGCUGGGGGACUUCGGCGCUGGUCCCGAGAGAUGAUGGAGCUAGAGAUGGCCAGUAGCCGGGUUGAACUGGGAGCUGUGGGGGACCCGCUGCAGCCACAGACACCGAGCAGGCAUGAAAAGAGUCUGGGACUACUCACCGCUAAGUUUGUAACUUUGCUGCAGGAGGCCAAGGACGGGGUGCUGGAUCUGAAAGCUGCAGCGGACACAUUGGCAGUACGGCAGAAGCGGCGGAUCUAUGACAUCACUAAUGUGUUGGAGGGAAUUGGCCUGAUAGAGAAAAAGUCAAAGAACAGUAUCCAAUGGAAGGGUGUUGGCCCAGGUUGUAAUACAAGAGAGAUAGCGGACAAGCUGAUUGACCUGAAGGCAGAACUUGAUGAUCUGGCCGUCAGAGAACAUGAGCUGGACCAGCAGAGAGUCUGGGUGCAGCAGAGCAUCAAAAAUGUCACAGACGACUCCAACAACAGUCCUAUGGCAUAUGUGAAACAUGAGGACCUCUGUGGAGCUUUCAAAGGUGAUACGCUUCUAGCGAUACGUGCCCCCAUUGGCACUCAGCUAGAGGUGCCCAGACCAGAAUCUGUAAGUACUGUUUUGAAUGGACAAAAGAAAUAUCAGAUCCGUUUGAAAAGUUCUUCUGGCCCCAUUGAGGUUUUACUAGUCAACAAGGACCCGUCCAGUGCCUCUCCAGUUGUUUUGCCUGUCCCUCCUCCCGAUGACGUACUUCAGAGCCUCCCAGCGCCGUCGCCCUCCUCCCAGGCUCCAAAAGCAGCUCCAGAACCUGUGAAAAGUGGUUGUUCCACAACAUCAUCCGUUAGCCAGCCAACCUCAGUUACAGAAGUCACGAGCACCACGCCGCUCAAGCCAACCACAGAUGCUCCCACUGCCGUUCCUCAGCAACUUCAAUCCUCUGCCUCCUUGGAUGGAUCUACAUCAUCAUCUGCGUCUGCAGUGUUUGAACCAAUGAAGUCAGACCCAUCUGAACUGCUGGACUUUCCCAAAGAGCUUUCGGAAAUGUUUGAUCCGACAAAAGAGAUCAUGAGCGGAGAUUUGUUGGAGGACCUGAUGUCAUCAGAAGUGUUCUCGCCCCUCCUGCGUCUGUCGCCCCCACCUAGUGACCACGACUACAUAUACAACCUGGACGAGACGGAAGGCCUGUGUGACCUCUUUGAUGUUCCCAUUUUAAACCUCUGACCCAAAGACAACCAUCACAGAGGGGAACCCCUCGAGGUUAAUGCCGCCCUAACUCCCUUCGUUGACUGUGAAGGUGAGCAUGAAACAAUACAAACUGGAUCAGUGUUGACAGACUCCUUUUGAGCGGGGAGCUCAACCUGACCUCAGUCGCGCCACUUCAGCCACGGGAUGGAAACCACCGGCGAGAUCCCAAAUUUUUAUUUUCAGCUUUUCCAAGAAUCAUAACACAACAGAAAAAAAUAUAUAUAUUUUUGGAUUGUUGUUUAUAUGUAUGUAAAUGUUACAUCUAUGUAUGUUCUUGCAAAUGAAUGUGUGAAGGCUUUUGCCUAUGUGCAUAUUAUGUGGGAUUUGUACAAGUCCGGUGUCUUCAGGAAAGAAAAAAAAAACAUCUUCCUAUCAGGUCCAGUCA